AAGUUUUUAUUGCGGUUGCACCUACAAAAUCUUACUACUUGAAUAUCUUAAAAUUAGCUAUUGAUCUGUGUGUAAUAUCAAUCACUUUUAGGUGACAAUGGUUAAAAGAAAAUGUGUUUACCAAUGAAUCUUAAUUGUUGGAAUUUGACCGGGUUAUUUAUCAAAAUAUAAAAUGAAUGCAGACAACAUCGAAAUGUACAAACAUAAGUGACGUUAUUGUUUUAUUAUAAUAUUGUUUUCGUUAUUGUAUAGCUGCUCCUUUGUCUCAGUGUAAAGUGAUUGAUAUUUGCUUGGAAUGGAGGUAGACAAUUAAUGGAAAAUCAUGGAAGGAUUAACACAAAAUGAAAAAAUCAUUUGGUCAUGUUGGGAAGAAAAGUCACCGAGAGAUGUGGUCAGAGAAGCGGCUGCGAAAGGCACUCAUAUUGAUUUAGCUAUUCAAUAUUUAAUGCAAAAGAACUCUUGGACUGAAUCUUCCUCAAGGGAAUGGUUUUCGGCUGAGGUUAAGGCAUGGACUGUCCAGCUUCUUCUGCGAAAGCAAAUCUUUAAGGUGCUCCAUGUCUUAAAUAAAGUGAAUAUUAACCCUGAAGAACAUCUAAUGACACUUGCAGCAACCUCUUCUAAUAUUGAAUAUAGAGACUUUAUUGUUGAGCAAUUGGAAAAACUAUCAAAAGAUAUAAAAAGUGAAAAUUUGGAUAAAUGGUUAAAUUUCAAAAGGCAUUGGAACUUAUUGAGAUAUUUAGAAAAAUCUUUUGAGGUUGAUGGAACAUUUAAACAAAAUAAAGUAUUUGGCGAAGGAAAUGAUAGGGUAUUUGUAAAUGAAAGUGAGAUCAAAGCACUAACAAUUGAAGAAAUUGAAAAAUAUCCAUCACAUUGGAAAAGUAAAAUAGCUACUACAUUGUUCUUUAACACAUUUGAAUACUCACUACUGGACUUUUCAUCCCCUCAACAAAUGUGGAUGCAUCUUUUGGAACGGAACAAGGCAAUGGUAUUAGUUCGUUGGAUAAAUGUUCAAACAUCAGAAGUUGUUAGAGAUAUGAAUGCAAGAUAUAAUUUUUUUAUAAAUGAAAAUUUUGUUAACAAACUUUUGAAUGUAGAUACAAAAGGAUUUAGUAGUGAAGUGCUUACUAAUUUAGAUAAAAUUUUUCGAUCUUGGCCAAUCACAAAUGAAAUGAUUCAAAGUGUUGCAGCGAGUAAUUGUUUUGUGUACACUAAAUUGUGUAUUUAUGACACUCUGUGCUCCUAUGGCAUAGUAAAUGAUGAGGAACGAAAGAAUUUGUAUGUAAUAAUUUCCAGACUGGCACGAACACAGAAUUUGAAACAAAUCGAUGAUAUUUUCACUGAGUCUUGUGCUACGAUAACCAAACAGGAAUUUUAUGUUGAGUUGGCAAAAUAUUGUGUGAAGAAUAAAUUAUAUAAUGUAUUAACAAUGUGUGUUGAGGGACAUAUACUAGAUACUGAUUUAUCUGAAGUUGAACAAGAAGCAAAAGACUGCAUUGAGUUGUGGUUAUUAUUUAAGAGCAUUGAACAGACAUCGGACAGGCAGAGUCAUGUAGUGCCGGUUUAUAAAACUUGUCAGCAAAUAGCUAAAGAUAAUAUUGACGACUACAUAUCAACAAAUCCUCAUUUAGUUCUUGGCAUGAUUCUACUUGAGGAUGACGCAAAUCUAUUUGAUAUAUUUUCGAAGCUCGACAAUCUACAAUUCAAGGAUUUUAAGUUACCCAACAAAGGGUACAAGCACAAACUUCCUCAUUUAUAUAAUGUUUAUAAGAAAUUUGCUGGUGGUUAUCAAAUGUAUGAUUCAAAAGAUGUGAAUGUGUAUCAACUACUCUCAGGAUAUCGUGGUUUAGAUGUAUCGAAAAUAUUUGAAUUUCAAUUGAUUAAUCAGAAUACGAAGAGUAUACUUGCUGAAAAAUCUGAUAGGCGCAGUUUGGGUAGCCUUUUGUCUAGCGAUGUGGACGUAAGAGGUGGAAUUAAGUUAUCCCAGAGAUCAAUUGAUAUGCCAGAUUUUGAAAAUGAGAAACUGAUUAAGCGAUAUGGAUACGUUGCGAAAUUAAAUCACGUGUACUAUUUAAAACAAUACCGACCUUGUAAUGCUAGUCAGGCAUUUGUAGCUCAACAAUAUCAGACAUACAAUAGGCUGCAAGAGAAAAGUAUAAAGAGUGCUUGCUGUGAAGCUCAUGCCUUAGCUCUGCAGAAUUGGUCGGACCCAGCAAUGGCAGCCUGUGCAGUCUCCUUUGUAGCAAUGAUCGGCUGCAAUCCAUCCAGAUGUAGAGUCCAUAUGUCGGCAGCGAAAAUGAUAAAGGAACAUUUGAUGGUCAAUAAAAAUUUCUCGGAAGAGAAAGCGAAUAAAGUUGUCAAUGAAUACAUGUCUAAACUCAUGCAAAGUAAUGAUCAAGCCGCUAAAGAAAUUUUGCUUUAUUUAGAAGAAAUAACCAUUAACAAAAUAAAACAGAUGCAAACGGAAGAUAAGUUUGAUAUGACUCUCGUUUUGUAUGAAUCUCAAACGAUGGUGAAGUUUGCAAUACUCCAUAAUUUGCAGUUACCAGAACUUCAGCUCAAGGAGUUUGUUAGGAACAACUCGUGGUUUAAUUUCUUGCUGUUCGGUGACGUAUUCAGAUAUCCUCUGUCACAAAUGCUCCAACUGUCUCAAGACUUUGAGAAGCAAUCAUAUGCAGAGCACUUGAAGUACAUAAUGUUACACAAAACUACAGAAGAGGACAAAGAUUUCAAGUCUGUUUCAAGUAAUGGACAGAGGAGAUACUCCAGGCUCAAUUCUAUGGAAGUGAGUCCUACUCAAAGCGUGUCAUUUGAGUUUCCAUCGAGUUGGUACAUGGGGCGUGAGCUGUGGGAGGUGGCGGCGGCUUGCCACGGCCCUGAGGACCCGCCCGCCGCGCUGCUCCGGGCCGCUGACAUCUGCAGGGAACCCUUGCUGGUCCUCAUUGCCAGCUGUUAUGAACCAAACGCCGUGGAUGUUCUGUGGGCGCAAUGGGUCCUGGCCUCCAUAGGUUUGUCAGAACGCAACCGCGAGGAGCUGCAGGCCAAGAUCUCUCAUCGGCCGCUCUCAGAACAGUUCCUCGUCGUGGCUGAAGUGUGUCUUGUUGAAGGUUACAUUGCCACACUGCAAGAAUCCAUGCUCGUGUUUAUGUCGGAUAGUCCUCUUACAUUGCUAACAACGUUCCUACAUCGUUGCAUUCGGCUGCGUACCUUCGACAUGGAAAGUUCGAGAACCCUCGGGAACUUUCUGCAGCAGUGCCAACGCAAGUACAGCUCGGAGUCCGCCGGCAUGCCGUGGCACAUGUCCAAAGAGAUGUUACAGAAAAUUGCUGUAGAAUUAGUUAAGAUUGCACUGAGUUAUAGCUUCGAUAGUGCUUUCCAUCAAAGGGAAUUUCUCCGGUGCUUGUCUGAUGCGCAGUUCGAGAAAGGAUUGAUGGUGCCAACACCAAAUUUUAAGACCCUCUUUGAAAUAAUACAAAUAUCAAUGCAAACAUCUUUGUUUGUGAAUAUACAAAAAUUGCUGAGUGACGAAUGUGAGAAUUAUCUCGCUGAAUGUAUAAAAAUGUAUACAGAAAAGAAAAAUUACGACGUGGCUUUAAAGAUUGCCAAAUUAGCCGCGUUACCUGUGAACGAAAUACUGCAAAUAGAAUGGGCACAUAAAUACGAAAUGUUGCAUAUGAGAGAGACUGAAAUUGAGGACAAAGAUUUGACAAUAUUCAUAGCGGAAUGUAGCGAAGCGUUCAAAAAAGCAUCAGUAUCGUUCACCUCAGCGACCGAGUUCCUCAUCCGACACGCCGCUUCUAUAACCGAUCCAAUACAGAAGUUUUACUCAUAUAGAAUAAUAAUGAGUUGGUUCGAAGAGAAUCAUGAAUACGGCAGAAGAAGAGAGGAGAUCGAACAUUUAAUGUGGCACGCGUACUUCAGCGUGGAGAACCAAGACAAUGUAUUCCUCAAUAGUUACCAGUGCCUCUUGCAUUUCGUACUAACGGGACAGAAAGAUAAGACUUUGUCUCAAAGUAUGGCUCAAAUGAUCACUGAUAAACGAUUCUCGGUAACUCUGCAUCAAAUAGAAGUAGAAUCUGAUGUGGGGAAUAUAGAAGACGUGGUGACACUAGAAGAGCCGGAUACUAUAGACUGUUGGAGGAGAGUCGUAAAUCAAUUGCUGGAGUUGAGGUUGCUUGUUGAAGCAUUUCGUUUAUCAGCUCUAUACGAAACUCCACCGGAGUAUCUGUACAGGGCUCCAGUCUGUCCUGUUCAGAUCAUAAGGACGUGUUUGCGACUGGCCGAGGGCGCUUGCUCACCGUACGAGCUGCCGCAAGAGCUUCGUUUAGACAUAUCGUCGCCGUUACAAAAUAAACUUACAGUAUCGGAGACGUCGGAGACAAGUUUCGAGGAGCUGGUGGUGAUCCAGGAGCGACAGGAGGCGGGCGCGGUGCCGCAGCUGGCCGCGCGCGAGGACGCAGACCGCCUCGCCGCGCUUGAUGCCCUCGCCGUGCGCAGCGGACUCUCCCUUGCUAAACAGAUUGCGAGUUACUUUCGAAUAGCAUUACAAAUCGGACGGGAGUAUACAUUCGUGUUGAAAUAUGAAUGUAAUCCUGUUGACUUCAUCAACCUGGUGAGCGGCAGGGCGCGCAUGUCGCUGGCUAAUCUCGUCUUCCGGACAUUUAAUGUUCCUUCCAAACAGGUCGCUGAAUAUCUCUGUUUGGAAAUGGUCGGUGCGAUAAUAUCUCCGCAUCUAGUGAAGACAUCCACGUUCAGACAAAAGGAGCACUUCCAGUACACAUUAUGGGGCUUUGUGCUCAACUCUGAUAUUGAGAUGUUUCUGAAUAUGAGACCGGAUGCCUGCAGUCAUAUAGGAAGACUGAUACUUGAUCAUUUGAUAGCCUUUCAAAAGAUAUACAAAGCGACAACCACUUUUAAAAUACCAGAAAAUACUUUAGACGACAGUUGCUUGGAUUUGGAAACUUUGAUAGACGAAGAAUAUCAACAUGUCGACAAUGAUGAAGUGGAAUCUGUUUUGACGGAGGAAGGUACUUUAUUGUCCGCUGAAACAGAGUCUGUGUACUCAGUGUCCACUGUGUACACAGUCGGUAACAAGAUGACAAGAGACACGAGGAGGAAUCUAUUCGACGCAAUAUCAAGGAGUAAUGUACAUAUCAGAUACGAAGUCAAAUCUAACAUAAGGAAGAUAACUAAAGGCGCCAAACUGUCGACUAAACAGGUGAACAUAAUCUGCAUCGAGCUGCUGGUGCUGGGUCACGAGUGCUUCUCCGGCGCGUGCGACACGGAGGGCGUGGCGGUGACGCUGCGGUCUGCGCAGGCGCUGGCGGCGAGACUGCUGGCCGCGCGCUCCUGGCGCCUCAUGGUGCGUCUGCUCACUGGACUGGCGCGAUACACAGAGUGCGCCUACAUCUUCCAGGCUCUACGUGACAAUCAUCAAUUCGAAUACCUGCUCGGCCAGUUCGACUACAUGCUGGGCCAGCAGGCGGACAGGAUCGCCGCCUUCAAGCACGGCCUCCUCGACUUCCUGAAGACGCACUGCCCCGGCGACACCGACGCGUACAUCAUGGUCGCCCUGCACUUCAACAUGUACGCUGAAGCUGCAGACGUCAAGAGGCGACAAGCUCUGAACCUGAUCGAUGACUUAGAGAAGAUAGCAGAUGAAGCGCGUCCGAAGAAAUCACAACCCACCUGGGUUAUGAUACAUGAUAAUGUUUCUACAAGGACGCUACUGGACACGGCUUUGAAUCACUGCACGGACGCCGCAGAGCUGUACCUGCAAGGAGGUUGUACAGGAUUCGCCGGGGAAAUGGCGACUCUCGCGCAACAGAUCGCCCUGCAGAUGUCGCUACUGAACGCCUCUCCUACCAGACUCAUACUGAACAGAACUCCCGAACAAAUGUACCAUCUAGUCAGUGACUAUUUGAGUUUGAUGGAGGGGUUGGUGCUGCUGUGUGGGCGGGGCGGCGGGGCGUGGCGCGAGCUGGCGUACCGGCGCGCCCUCACCAACGACCAACCCUACCUGCGCGACAUGGCCGCCUACAGGCCUGACGUCGCUCACGAUUUUAUUAACAGAUAUAAAACGGAGAAGAAGAAAACGCCCGUGUCUCAAGCCGCCAUGACGGAGCUUCGCAAUCUCUUGAGAUGAUGAACUUUCAAUAUAUCCCUAGACAACUAGAUCUCAUUAUAAUCAUCAUUUUUUUAAUAUUUUAUAUCCCAAAGCAUUGUUAUCGUAGUUAUAAGUAAUAUUAUAAAAUUUACUCCUACGUAAUAUAGUGGGUAAGUCAAAUAAGAUUUUUAAUAAGUGCUUAAAUGUGUUAUAACUUUGAUAUUAAACUUAAAUGUUAAUUUUGCUAUAUUUUUGCAUGAAAUAUUCUGUUAUAUUGCGGUUAUUUUAAAGUGAGUCGCUGUGAUAAUCAUAAUUGGACUGAGGACUAUUUUUUAUAACUUGUUACAAUAAGUCAAUUAAUAUUUACUUUUAAUACUCCUUACACUCUGCGUUAUUUACUCUUUGACUAUA